GUGAUCCUCUAAUCCUGAAACCAUGAUCUAAAUCUCAAAAUUCCUAUAUCACCCUUUACCUCAUAUCGUCCCCAUUUUAUACUCCUCCCUCCUUAAUCUCACUUCAUUUUCAUGCAACCUCCCCUCCUUUCUUUCUAACAAAACCUUUCUCUCUCUUCUUAUUUUGUAUUAAUCUGUUCUUGGUUUUCUUUUUCAAUUAUAUUGAUAAAUAGAUAAAAACCGAUCACCUUUUGUUGUUGUUGUUGUUGUUGCUGCUGCUUUUUCUUUGAUUUUGGUUUGGCUCGCGGGAGUCAUGACUCGGCGAUGCUCGCAUUGUAGCAACAACGGCCACAACUCCCGCACCUGUCCCACGCGCGGUGGCGGUGGCGUUGGCUGCGGAGGAGUGAAACUAUUCGGCGUUCGUUUGACGGACGGGUCGAUAAUCAAGAAGAGUGCGAGUAUGGGAAAUUUGUCGUCAGCGCACUACCAUAGCUCGUCAUCAGCGGCCGCUUCGCCUAACCCAGACUCUCCUUCUUCGGAUCACGUCCGUGACUCGAACCACGUGCCCGACGGGUACCUCUCUGAUGAGCCCACCGCACACACCUCAUCUAACCCUCGCGGAGAGAGAAAGAAAGGUGUUCCAUGGACUGAAGAGGAACAUCGGCUCUUUCUAAUUGGCCUCCAGAAAUUAGGGAAAGGGGACUGGCGGGGAAUAGCUCGAAACUUUGUUGUAUCAAGGACACCAACUCAGGUAGCAAGUCAUGCCCAGAAGUAUUUCAUCCGUCAAAGUAAUGUUACCCGAAGAAAGAGACGUUCAAGCCUUUUCGACAUGGUUCCAAAUGAUAUGGCUACAGAUACACCGGCAGUUCGGGAAGAACAAGUUUUGCCACCGUCUUCACGUGUAGAAGCGGAUAAUUCAAAUUCAACACCUUCAUUAAAUCUUUGUCUCAACUCUGAAUUUGAACACAGAGAUACUGCAGCACAAGAAACAGUUAAAGGAACCGAAGAAACCAUGAUGGUAUCAAGCGGAUACACACCUAUUGUCCACAGUUUCAUCUCACCUUACGCACCUGUUGCUUACCCAUUUUGGCCACCAAAUCUAGCCCCUAAUGAUGAAGGGAAGGGCAUAGAGGCAUCUCAACAUCAAGUACUGAAGCCUGUUCCGAUGUUUCCCAAGGAACCUGUGAAUGUAGAUGAACUAGUUGGAAUGUCUCAGCUCUGUAUAGGAGAGAGCGAGAAAGGGCAUAGAGAGCCUUCACCACUAUCCUUGAAACUGCUAGGAGAACCAUCAAGACAAUCUGCAUUUCAUGCAAAUGCCCCGGUUGGUGCCACAGACUUAGGCAAGGGCAAAACUGGUGUUAUCCAAGCUGUCUGAAAAUGCAGCCAAGGAAAGGGGUAUCUCUCUCUUAUCUAUGCCAUAUUUUCUUUUCAUUAUUGUGUUUUUGGGUAGUAAGAAAUUUCUGGGUCUAUAUAACAUGGGUUAGAUCAUUUAAGGGAAAUAUUUAUUCAUUCUAACUGUAAACAGGCUAUAGUUGUAAUAAUAAUCAAAUGGGUUAUAGUAUAAAAAAAAAAAUUCAAAUGGAUUAUGGCAGUCA